CCGCGUCUUCUACACAUCGGUGCGGGGAACUCCACGCUAUCCCAACGCAUCCGCGAAGCAUACGACGAGGUGCACGGGCAUGCGUCUUGGGAUGAAAGCGUCAUCGUGAACCUGGACUACUCUGAAGCCGCUGUCCAGAACGGACAGCAGGCUGAGACCGUCAGGACUCAGGGACGUGGCGAGCGGAGCAUGCGAUGGGUACAGGCCGACGUCCUGCAGUGGGAGGACCUAGCUCCACUAGUGGAUUGGGAGAACGGGCAGGACGGAGGGGCAUUUCCUCACAAACGGGACGGAAAGCCGUUCGCGAUCGUCGUUGACAAGAGCACCUCCGAUGCCAUUGCCUGCGGAGAAGACAUCAAACUCACCGCGUCGUCCCGAUGUCAUCCUGCUAUCCAGAAGCACAUCGUCUGCAACGGUGUACAGGAAGCGAGCCUCGAUCCGGUCCAACUGCUCGCCCUCAACCUCGCGUCGCUUGUGCGCCCGGGCGGCGUCUGGAUCAUCCUCUCCUUCUCUUCAAGCCGCGCGUCCUUCCUGGGAAACCACAGCCCAAAGGAAAGUAGAGAAGAUACCGAUACUAUGGAUCCAGCGUUGCAUUGGAGUCUAGAAGAACAUCAUAUGGUGGAUGCUCCAACCGGUCAGAGCAGAGAGGGGGUGUAUGCGCCUCCAGUGCAGCACCAUCUAUACGUCUUGAGGAGAAGUAGCACAGUGUUGGGAUCGCGCUCGCUUUGA